AUGACCUUAUAUCCCUGGAGCAUGAGAAGCGCCUGUAAUGAGAACACACCUCUCCUACGCCGUACAAUCCGAGCACUGGAGCCUGGAUAUACCACAAACAUGAGACUCGCUGCGGCAUGUUCUGCUCUCCUCGCCUGCACUGCCAGCACAGCAUUUGCAGCCGAACAGCAUUGCAAGGAAGUCGAGGUGCUUGUGACUGUCGGGGCAAACGUCCCAGCACUGCCAGAGAGAUUUGAUCUUCCGUCGCUAUCAAACUACCUCCAUUUAUGGCUGGGGUUUCUCUUUAAUUUGCCAGCUCAAGGAAAAUAUACCAUACGAGCCACGCAUUGCGCCAGCACUGUGCGAGAUCCGGAGAAUAAUGGAAGGCUUCAAUUGUUGGUACACGGAAUAUGUGGAAGCAGACACUUCUUCUCAGGGUUAGAUUCACCAAGUCUAGGCAUAGAAGCAUUUGGCGGCAAGAACUACAGCUAUGUGGAUUAUGCCCUAUCGAAAGGAUACGACACGCUUGCUGUUGACCGGCUGGGGAAUGGUCGCUCGGAUAAACCAAAUCCGUUCCUCGUGGUCCAUCUUCCCGCUCAAAUUGAGGCGAUGAAUUCUCUCAUUGAAAAAAUUCGAGCUGGAGCUUUGGGGAAAGUCCCAAAAGAGGUUAUUUGGUACGGACAUUCUUGGGGCUCGAUCCUCGGCCAAGGGCUUGCUACGAAGUACCCAAGAGCAGUUGAAAGGCUUGUCUUAAACGGAUGGACUGCAUUCGUUCACAAAGCCGCCAUAACCACUGCGCUCCGCUUACAGUUCUGGCCGGCUCGUCUAGCGGAUGCCAGAAAACGAUUCACCAAGCUUGGCUGGGGAUACCUACAGCCAAGCAGUGAGAAAGGCAUGACACAAAUGAACUUCUGGGGUGCUGGGACGGAUUUCGAAGGGGCACACUACGACACCGCUAUCACGAAGCAGAUGUGGACGCAGGUUGGCACAGUGGCAUUUGGGGAAUUACUGACCUCUUCAUUGCUAAAUGGCGUUCCGGCUGCCUCGUUCAGAGGCAAAGUACUUCUGGUGACUGGCCAACACGACGAUUUCUUCUGCGCUACUAGUUAUCGCGCUGGCCAUGUCGACUGCGGUAGUGGCGAUAAGAACGGUUUAGGAGGUUCCUGGUCCUACAUGCAAAACGACAAUUCGAUACUCGCUCGCACAGGCAAAAAGGCAUUCCCUCAUGCUGCCCGCUUCGAUUACUUCGUACCGCCCAAUACGGGCCACUGCCUACACCAGCAUUAUUCACAGAAGCUUUCUGCCGACACCACGGAAGCAUGGCUGCGAGAGACGCUACCCAAGUCGGCUCGAGUCUCUAGAUCUGGAGCAGAUGUCGUAGCUGUAGUCGUAGACACAUCUAAUAACGGCACAAUCCAGCUGCAAGUGGGUUUGCAAACAAGUGAAUCCAGGUUUUGGGCGGAAGGACAGUACUGCUCGGCUGUGAAACCAGUGCGCGUUUCAACGACUGUCGAUUUUCUCGACACAAUUGCGGAUUUUCGAAACAAGCCCACACCUCCUCCUGAGGAAGAUGCAGUUGACGCGAAUCGGAAGGCUGCGGUGGAAUAUGUGUGGCAUAAUUGCGACAAAUUUUCCCUCGGAUUCUUCGUCACAGGCAAAGCAAGCUUCAGCAAUCGCACUACCGCCGCUGCCGGAACACCACAUAAUACAGAGGCGGCAAUCACAUUGUGAUCAAUCGCGGACCUAGACCCAUACAUAAUGUGACCUCUUCGUCAGACCUGGUGCACUGGGUGAUCGGACUGGCAUUUAAGGAUUCGCCCGCAGACAUGUUCGACGCAUGUCAAGAUCCGAAAGAGGAGAACUGUGACUCGAAGCGAAGAAAAGUGAGAUGGUUAUGCGAGUAUUGAGAACUUCUGGUUCAAGCCAUAAGCGAAUGGCGUUCAGACUGACAAACCCAAACAAAACCUGAUCGACGAGCGAGCACUGGAGUACACGCAGCCAGCUUAGGAUAAUUUCAAGCCUUGUCCUCAACAAUUUCGAUCGUUGUCGUGGUAGCGUCAG